UUAACGCUUUCACCUCGUAUGCGAUAAAUCGACAACAUAUUACCUACCUAGUAUGAUCUACCUUUACCUAUCGUAUAAGAAGCCUAGCACAUGCCUACCAAGAGACUGCCUAUAAACCAACUCGUACCCAACACUAUAUAGUCGUCACGUAACCGUAGGUAUGGCAUACGAAUACCGCGGACGGCAUCACAGAUACAGGGCCCUUGUACCGGUACCUCUCGGUACCUAGGUACUUUAAGCCGCGUACCCCGCCAGUCCCCCUCCUUUCGCACGCAGCGCAGUAGCGAUAAUGCGAGAUGCGCCGCGUCGGAGUAAAGUCAUGAAGCGAAAGCCGACGGCACUCGACACCGCUCAAUGAGGUGAGCGAUGCCAAUCCCUCGCCCGACGGAGACGGAGACGCUACGGACGAUCAUUUGCGAAUAGGCAGGUCGGUAUAUAACGCCUAGGUCUCGCGACGCGAGGUUGCUCCUCUGAUGGCCACCCCGCACCCCAACCCACCAUUCUCUCGUCUCCAUCUUCCUUAGCUAUACCUACCGACCUGUCCACCCAAGCCUACACAAUGUCCUUGUCUUCGUGCUGCCUCAGGGCCUUUCAGUGGAGCGGCACUCCCACCGGAAGAGUCGACAAGCUGGCCGGCAACGAUACCUACAUCGCGGGGGACAAUCCCGACGCCGCCAUCCUGUUCGUCCACGACGUGCUAGGCUGGACCUUUCCCAACGCGCGGCUGCUGGCGGACCACUACGCGCGCGAGGCGAACGCGACCGUGUACCUGGUCGACUUCUUCGGCGGAGAGAUCGUCCCGCCGGCGCCCGUCCUCGCCGGCGAGUUCCACAAGAUCGACCUGCCGGGCAUCGUGAAGCGGAACGCGCGGGAGAUCCGCGAGCCGGAGAUCUUCGCCUGCGCCAGGGCGCUGCGCCAGAAGUACAGGAAGGUCGGCGCGGUCGGCUACUGCUACGGCGGGUGGGCGGUGUUCCGGCUCGGCGCGGCGGAGCACGACCCGCCGCUGGUCGACUGCGUCUCGGCCGGCCACCCGUCGCUGCUGACCACCAAGGACAUCGACGAGGUCGCCGUGCCCGUCCAGCUGCUCGCCCCCGAGAUCGACCCCACCUUCGCCCCCGAGCUCAAGACCCACGCCUUCGAGACCCUGUCGAAGCGCAAGCAAGAGUUCGACUACCGCCACUUCGCCGGCGUCCAGCACGGCGCCCUCGUCCGCGGCGACGAGAACGUCCCCGGCGAGCGUCUCGCCAUGGCCAGGGCCAAGGACGCCGCCGUCGCCUGGUUCAACCAAUUCCUGCACGAGCCCUGAGACGAUCGGCAUUGCUGCCACCGCCCGAUGGCGUAAAAGGCGUAGGAGUCGGCCGCGUACAUACCUGCGUAUGACGAUGCGGUCCGAUAUACAGCAAUGGGUUACUUCGU